AUGGAAUACUUUCAUAAAAUCCGCUCUACAGUUACUCAAGUUGCAACUCAAGUUAGCAAUGCUCUACCUGGUAACCCCUUAUCGCGGGAGUAUGAUAUAGGAGAAGUUAUUGGUACAGCAGGUCCAGGUUUGAACUGGAAAAUUUUUAAAGCGAUCAAGAAGUCAACUAAACAAACUGUUUCGGUAUGGCUAUAUGAUAAGAAGGACUGUGAAAAAUGGCCCAAAGAUGACAGGGAACUAUUUCUCUCAACAAUUAAGAGAGGAGUCUCGCAGCUAACACGUUUGAGGCAUCCAAGGCUUCUUGUCAUUGAACAUCCUAUCGAAGAGUCUAGAGAUUCUUUGGCUUUUGCCACGGAGCCCAUAUUUGCUAGUUUAGCAAACUGCUUAGGAAAAACCGACAAUCUGGGACAACCCCUUCCACUUCAUUUGAGACAGUUUGCACUUCUAGAAAUUGAAAUAAAGCAUGGAUUAGUUCAACUUGGUGAAGCUCUGGCUUUUCUACAUAUAGACGCGAGGAUUCUGCAUAGAAAUUUAUGUCCCGAAUCUGUGAUCAUUAACGACAGGGGUGCUUGGAAGCUUGGAGGAUUUGAUUUCAGUGUAUCAGGAACUGCAGGUCCUACCGGAGGAAUGGUUUAUGAAUCUUUCGAAUGGAAUGAACGCAUUCCUUCAUUGUGUCAACCUAACUUAGACUACUUCGCUCCUGAAUACAUCAUGGGAGGGCUUGUGAGUCCAAACGCUGAUAUUUUCUCUUUGGGAGCUUUAUCUUUCGCAGUUUUCAACAAAUGCAAAUCUCCAAUGGAACACAGCAAUUCUAUCCCGAAAUAUAAGAAGAAUAUUGAAAAGGUCAAAAGUUUUCCACAACAGUUCUCCGACAACAUUUCGCCUAUCUUCAAAGAUGACUUCAAGAUGUGUCUUAAUUAUUCGCCUGAUCUUCGGCCGGAUGCAACUCAAUUUACUAAAGUAGCUUACUUUGACGAUCCAUUAGUUAAAGCUUUAAAUUAUUUUGAAUCUCUGAUGCAAAUGGACAACAAUCAAAAAAUGCAAUUCUUCAAAUCCCUCCCAACUGUUCUCUCACAGUUUGAAAAAAGACCACUACUACAAAAAGUCAUGCCAUGGUUAGCAGGAGAAUGCUCGACACCGGAUUUGAUACCUUUCAUACUCCCAUCGAUCUUCCAUAUCACAGAACAAGCAACCAAAGAAGAGUUCACCGCAUCUGUUCUGCCUAUGCUGAUUCCGGUAUUCAGUAUGGAACGGCCUUAUCAGAUUGCCUUGUUACUUCUUCAACGUAUGGAAUUGCUUUUGGAAAAAUCACAUGACAACGACAUCAAAACAUACAUAUUGCCUCUAAUCUAUAACUCUAUAUCUAGCGAAACAACAAGGAUUCAAGAACUGUGUUUAUCGAUUGUUCCCACUAUAGGAAAGCUUGUGGAUCGAAACUCGAUGAAAACUCAGCUACUGCCCAAACUGCUGAAGUUGGCUACGGAAGGAGGAGUGCUAGCGAUUAGAGUUCAAGCGCUUGUUUGCGUAGGAAAGCUUUUGCCAACUUUGGAGUCUUGGAUGGUCACUGAGCAAGUUCUUCCCGCGCUUCCAAAAAUAUCAAGCAAAGAGCCUGGCUUACUCAUGGCUAUUUUAGGCAUUUACAAGUUAUCGGUGGAAACCUCUUCUAUUGGAGUUGGGCGCGAACAGCUCGCAAAAAGUGCUCUGCCAUUCUUAAUGGCUACUUCAGUAGAAAAUACUCUAAAUUUACAUCAAUUCGAACAAUAUAUGGCUCUUAUCAAAACUGUACUGACUAAGGUUGAAACAGAACAGCGGUCAAGGUUACAACAACUGAGUGCUGGUCAGGAAGAGCAGAGAGGCAUUCCUAAUUUUGACGAAGUUCUGAAAGCGAGCUCAUCCAAUAUUCUCCCACAAAGUCUCAACGAUUUCGGAAAUUUAAAUCUAGAUGUUGGAUCUAAGAAGGAAGCCGGAACAAAGACUGGCGCAUUAUCUCUUGAAGAGAAGAAACGUCUAGCUGCUGAACAGGAAAUGAGCAAUAAGAAAGGGAACCCUGUGCAGCCUAUACCAACAAUGGAUACCAAGGUAUCUAUGCCAUCUUCUAAACCUACAGCUGCAUCAAAUAUGAUGUUCGAUCCAUUUGAUUUGUCAUUAUCAAUGACUUCAUCAUCCAAUAAAGGAGGAGCUAUUGAUAUUUCCGAGUUUAUGCCCGAACUUCAGAACAAGAAUGUAGCUAGCAACAAUCAGAAUAAUUUUGCCAACUUCGCAAUUAAUAAUUCGUCUUCUUUCCCACAACAACUGAAUACAUUCAACGCAAACCAGUCCAAUUCUUUAGGGUUCCCACAACCCCCAAGAUCGACAAAUGCCGCCGUUCAACGUCCUAGUUCUCAAGGAAAUUCUCUGGAUGCUCUUUUAGCGUUCCCCAAUAAAGCCAAACAAUCGAUGGGAAAUUCAAUGAAUGGGUUCGCUCUGCCCCCACCACCUACAGGAACUUUCCAAAAAACAGUUGCUCCUCAAAAACCGAACACAGACAACAAAGACAAAGACCCAUUCUUCGACUUAUUGGGAUGA